UUUGCUGUACAGUGUGCGUUUUAGAAAUAAUUUUUUCAGGAUAAUUAUUAUACCAAAAAUUAUUUCUAGUAAUUUAUUUCUUGCAACGAAAUGCGGUAAAUAACACAAUUUUUCGCAGUCAGCGUAAUUUUUUCAAAUCUGCUAGGAAGUUUAUUGUGUGCUUUCAAGAUCAAAAUAAUCACAUUAGAAGGAUGCGGGCGACAACAUAAUUGCAAACAUCAAAUAAAAUUUUCAUCAUUAUGAAGAUUAAACAAAGAUACUGGUAUCGAUUGCUGCUAGCAAUCACGAUUUUGUCGGGGCAUAUUAAAGCAGAAAAGCAAAAGCGGCAGAUUUUUCGAGAGCAAGUGCUACCAGCAUUGGGUGGUAAGAUUCCAGAUGAAGCUUUCAAAACAGAUCGCUUGGCGUUAAAUCGAUUAAACAAAGAAGGUAUUACUAUACCGGAUGGUAUCGUCUUAGAUGCUCGGCACGUUCAUAAACAUCCUCAUUCCGAUCAAAGAAUGCCAACAGAAAUAAUUAAGGUUUAUCUAACAUCAGACGGUCGAUAUGUAUCGCCGGAAGGCCAGUCUUAUAAUCAUCCGAAAACCAUCGAUACAACUUACAUUAUACGAAGACCGUUUAUGCACACAAAUUACCAAAUGUCGAACAAUUUCGAAAACGUUAAACUCCGAAGUUAUCCAAAGCCACAGAUCUAUUCGAAUUAUAGACAAUUUGUACCAAUUGUACCACCUGUCAAAUCGGAUAUUUACAAGUCUAUUAUAACACCUUUAAUUCUACCGAUUAAUAAAGAUUUGUUUAAUUUACCAAGCUGGAGCUUGAGUUAUGAUUGGGAUACCGUAUACGAACCAUUUAAUGAUUAUUUUGUUAAUAACAUCGCACUCUUCAAUUCGCAUCAGAUUAUCGAGGAUUAUCAAGGAUUCCUUAAUAAAUUUCAUAAACGAUCUUUGAGACAUGUAAGCUCAAAAAGUGGCAACAUGAAUCAUCAAGAGCAUCACCAAGUUCGAAGGUAUCAGGAUUUGAAACUUUCGCCAAUACUUUAUCAAAAAGUCAUCUCGAAUAUCGCUAAUUUUCACAAUUCUGCUUAUGCAAGUAUACCAGAAACCAGUUUUUCUUGCCUUGAGAAGAAGGAAAAAUUCAUCAACAUCGAAACCAACUGUCAAGUAAAACUAACUCGCCUUAGCGAACAACAUAGUUUCGACAGUCAUCUAAAUUUUUGUUCAACGCAACUGAAACUGGGUCCAGUUUCGUUCAUAUUCAAACUCAGUGCAGACAUGCUAAGAAAUUGGCAAGAUAUCCUUUCCGUUUUGUUCGCCACCAUACUGGUAACGUUCUGUUCGGCUAUCGUACAGAAACAAGUACCGGUGGAUGAUUAUUACGAUGAGUAUCAAAAUUUUCAACCAGUAGUAGGAUUUCGCCGACCCAUUGUUGUAAAAGAAGAGUUGAAGAAAGAGCAGGACUUGAGCAAAAUUCCUGGAAUUCCUGGAGUGGAUUAUCCCAUUUACCAUGUAGUGCCGCCUACAAGUUUUUCUUGCGCAUAUGUUCCGAUUAUACCAGGAAUGUACGCAAAUGUAGAAACUGGUUGUCAGGCAUAUCACAUUUGUCACGAUGGACGUGAAGGACAUCAGGGUGCUUCCUUCUUAUGUACCAAUGGAACACUUUUUAAUCAACAUGAAUUUGCAUGCGAUUGGUGGUACAAUGUUAAUUGUGCUAAUGCACCAUCGUUUUAUAGACUAAAUGCAGAUCCAUUAAAAAAUCCAUAUGUACCAAAGGAGACAAAGGACGAGAUUCGAAAAAGAUUGAAGAUUGUUGUAUUUUAAAUAUAAUUAGUUGAAUAGCUAUUUAAUUAUAGAUCUAUACAAUUUACCAUUUUUACAUAUAAGUAUUAAUUAUAAUUGUUUCAUUACAUUCAGCGGUAUCACGAAACAAGCUAUAUGUAACAUUUAUGAAA